ACAAGUUAUGAAAAUGACCAUGACCAUAUAUAUAAUUUCCUAAAAAAAAUAGUUUCUAAGCACAAAAGUGAUUGAAAAACAAAGCACAGCUAGCAAAGUUGCUUUUCUUCAAAUUCAAAGAGUGCCACCAUAAAGAGAAUCAAAGCAUGGAGAUAAGUCCUUACAAUACUUCCAAGAAGAAAACACAGUUGAAGAAGCUGAUCAACCAAAAUAACUAUAUUCUUCAUGAAGCUUCUUCACACAUAGACAUGAUUCCUACAUCAUCAAGCAAUCAUCAAACAUCUUCAGAUAAUUCUAGUGAAACAUGUCAUCAUGAUCAAGAUGGUAAAUGGUCUUCCAAACUUCUCAAAGAGUGUGCAAUAGCAAUAUCUAAUAGAGAUUCAUCCAAAAUCCACCAUCUUCUUUGGAUGUUAAAUGAGUUAUCUUCACCUUAUGGUGAUAUUGAUCAAAAACUAGCUUCUUAUUUUCUACAAGCACUUUUCUCCAAGGCAACACAAUCUGGUCACAAGUGUUACAAAACUCUCUCUUUAAUCGCUUCCAAAAACCACUCUUUUGAUUCAGCAAGAAAAUUGAUACUCAAGUUUCAAGAGGUGAGUCCAUGGACAACUUUUGGACAUGUGGCAUCAAAUGGUGCUAUUUUGGAAGCUUUAGAAGGAGAGAAAAAGCUUCAUAUAAUUGAUAUUAGUAACACACUUUGUACUCAAUGGCCUACUCUUCUAGAAGCUUUAGCUACAAGAAACGAUGAAACACCUCAUCUUAAGCUCACAAUUGUUGUCACAAGCAAAAACUCUAGUGAUGUUGUUAUGAAGGAAGUUGGUCAAAGAAUGGAGAAAUUUGCUAGGUUAAUGGGAGUACCUUUUGAGUUGAAUGUUAUUAGCGGUUUGAAACAUCUAAGAGAGUUAACAAAAGAGAGAUUAGGAAUUCAAGAAGAUGAAGCAGUAGCUUUGAAUUGUGUUGGAGCAUUGAGAAGAGUUGAAGUAGGAGAAAGAGAGAGUUUGAUUAAGUUUUUCAAAUCACUUUCUCCUAGAGUUAUAACAUUUGUUGAGGAAGAAGGUGAUUUUGUUAGUGAUGACUUUGUUAAAUGUUUCGAAGAGUGUCUUAAAUUCUAUACACUUUAUUUUGAGAUGUUAGAGGAGAGUUUUCCACCAACAAGUAAUGAAAAGUUGAUGUUGGAAAGAGAGUGUUCAAGAAGCAUAGUUAGGGUUUUGGCUUGUGAUCAUGAAUUUGAUGAUGAAGAAAGUGGUGAUGAUUGUGAGAAAAGAGAGAGAGGUAAAAAAUGGUUUGAAAGACUAAAGAAUGAAUUUUCACCUUGUGGAUUUAGUGACGAUGUUGUUGAUGAUGUCAAAGCGUUGCUAAAAAGGUACCAAAGUGGUUGGUCACUUGUUGUGCCUCAAGGAGAUGAUAAUAUUUCAGGAAUUUACUUGACAUGGAAGAAUGAACAAGUUCUUUGGGCAUCAACAUGGAAACCCUAGAAGUUUAUGUAUCUAUAUAUGGCUAAUGAUGAUAUAUAGAAAAGAAUGAAGAGAAUGAUUAUAAUAAAUUAAGGAUGUUUGGUUUGGUUUGAUUUGUGUGGAUAAUAUAGCCAUUAAUUAGUAUUGGAUUUUUCUUUUAACUUUCUCUUUUGAUUUUGUAUACUUUGUAAUUUUUCUUAAUAUAUUGUUCUUGUUU